AUGGGCGAGGAAUCCUUCCAAGGCAUGGCUUACCAGCCGCAAGAGGAUGUUUAUUUUGAUGAUGGCCGUGAGAUGGAGCUGCUCCAUUUCAUCUAUGGACAUCCUGAACUUGAGAAAAUGCGAGGCAGCCCGCAACACGUGCUUGAUGCAAUCGACGAAUUCGGCCGCACGAAGAAGUACCUCAUGAAUAUCGGCGAGUACAAAGCCAAGACGAUCACCCAGUUGAUCCGUGACGAGAAACCUCGUGUCAUGGUUGAACUGGGAGGCUACGUGGGGUACUCGGCUAUUGCGUUCGGCGCAGCUCUAAGAGAGGCGGGCGGCACGCAGUUCUACAGUCUCGAAAGAAACCCAGAAUUCGGUGCCGUAAUAUCGAGUCUGGUCAACCUCGCAGGGCUGUCUGACAUCGUCAAGGUGGAAAUCGGCGGCAGCUCCGCCUCGCUCAAGCGUCUCCACCGCAAUGGCACCCUUAAGCGUAUAGACCUCCUGUUCCUCGACCACUGGAAGCCUUCUUACACUACAGAUCUUAAACUCUGUGAGGAACUGAGACUUGUAGGACCCGGCUCGGUAUAUGCCGCUGACAAUGCUCCGGCAGUUGUGAAACCUGGGAACCCUCCCUAUCUUGCAUACGUCCGGGCUACGGUGAGUGAGAAACGCGCUAGUUUCAAGAAUGUCAUGAAGGCAGAUCUAGAACACUUUGGUGACGGCACAAAAUAUCAAUACAAAUCUAGGGAAGGGGAGGAGGUCCUGGAAAAGGAAGCCCAUGGGAAUCCGAAUCUACGGAGUAGCCAGCCUUCAGUCACUGCCAAGCUGUUCAAAAGUACAAGCAAGGCCCGAAUAAACGGGAUUUGGCACAUAAUAGAACUCAAUGCCUGUGCCGGUGCCAAGAAGACUCGGGCUCACCUUGGCACCAAUGCUCAACCGUUCUCCUCCUCGCUCCGACACGCCCCUGAGAAGGUGCCGGGUGCGGGCGGCGAGUUCCGCAAGAUUGACUCAACAAACUUCCCCAUUAGCAAGACUAUUGCAGCGACGUUUGUCACACUAAAGCCUGGAGGUCUAAGGGAGCUGCAUUGGCACCCUAACGCGGAGGAAUGGCUGUACUUCCAUAAGGGUCAAGCUCGAGCUACAGUCUUUAUCGGUAACACAGCUGCUCGGACAUUCGACUUCAGUGCUGGGGAUACUGCCGCAUUUCCCGAUAACUCUGGGCAUCGGGACGAUCCUAAUCCUAGAAACAGGCAUUACAUUGAAAAUACAUCCGAAACUGAGGACCUGGUCUGGGUUGAGAUCUACAAGUCUGACCGCGUCGCUGACAUCCCGCUGACCCAGUGGUUGGCCCUGACUCCUCCAGACCUUGUCGCGCAAACUCUGAAGGUGCCGAUCGACUUCGUUGAGAAGUUGAACAGGGAGAAGCAGGUUCUGAUAGCUUAG